CAUUGGCUAGGCGAAGUGGCGCCGUCAUAGUGAGAACCUGAAGGUGACAGAAGAGUUGGUUAUUUCAUUGAAAUCUUGGGAAACAAUAAGUCAUGUCCUCCUCUUGUUACAUGAAUUUAAACGCGCAGCUCUGUCGAAGACUGCUGGCAUCCAAGUAUGUGACCAGAAGCUAUGCAUCUGGAUCAACACUAAAUGAAGUGGUUAUCGUCAGUGCUGUACGAACCCCCAUAGGUUCUUUUAUGGGCAGCCUUUCUAAAGUCCCUGCAACAAAACUUGGUUCUGUUGCAAUCAAAGGUGCAAUUGAUAAAGCUGGUAUUUCACCAGAGGAAGUGCAAGAAGUAUACAUGGGAAAUGUUCUUCAGGCUGGAGAAGGACAGGCACCAACAAGACAAGCACUUCUUGGUGCAGGCUUGCCAAUUUCAACACCAGCAACCACAAUUAAUAAAGUGUGUGCCUCUGGAAUGAAAUCUGUUAUGUUGGCAGCCCAAAGUCUAAUGUGUGGACACCAGGAUGUAAUGGUUGCAGGCGGGAUGGAGAGCAUGUCUAAUGUUCCGUAUGUCAUGAAAAGGGAAGCCCCUGGAUAUGGGGGUGUACAGAUGGAGGAUCUCAUUGUGAAAGAUGGGCUUACAGAUGUCUACAACAAAUUCCACAUGGGCGUUUGUGCAGAAAACACAGCCAAAAAGAGCAGCAUUUCCAGAGAGGAACAAGAUGCGUUUGCAAUUAAUUCCUAUAAUAGAAGUAAAGCCGCUUGGGAAAAGGGAAUUUUGGAGAAAGAAAUUGUCCAAGUUAGCAUACCACAGAAAGGUAAACCAGAUAUUAUUGUGAAAGAAGAUGAGGAAUACAAGAGAGUCGAUUUUAGCAAGGUACCCAAAUUGAAGGCCGUCUUCCAGAAAGAGAAUGGUACUGUUACAGCAGCCAAUGCUAGCACUUUAAAUGACGGAGCAGCUGCCUUGGUUUUGAUGACUGCUAAUGCUGCCAAACGACUCAAUGCUACACCUCUUGCCAAGAUUAUUGCAUUUGCAGAUGCAGCUGUUGAUCCCAUUGAUUUCCCAAUUGCUCCUGCAUAUGCUGUGCCUAAGGUUUUAAAAGCAGCAGGUCUAAAGAAAGAAGACAUUGCCAUGUGGGAAAUAAAUGAGGCCUUCAGUGUAGUAGUUCUAGCGAAUAUAAAAAUGCUUGGAAUUGACCCAAACAGGGUAAACAUUAAUGGAGGAGCUGUUUCUCUGGGCCAUCCAAUUGGCAUGUCUGGUGCACGAAUUGUUGGUCAUAUGGUCCAUAACUUGAAGCCCGGUGAAUAUGGACUUGCUGGUAUUUGUAAUGGAGGUGGAGGAGCUUCUGCAGUGCUUAUUCAGAGGUGCUAAGAUUCCAAAUCUUUGUACUUUCUUUGCUGCCCAUCUGAGCAGCA